AUGGCUGGAGUCUUCACUCGAUUUCCACCACUCGUUGGCCUCUACAACAAAUGGAGGCUAGACAACAACCGCGAGGGGGGUGCUGCCGCCCUGGUGCAAAACAUCAUCAUGGUAUUUUUCAGAAUCGAAGACAACUGGUGUUCCAACUUCGAGCAGCCCCCGGACGGUGGCGAGCGCAAGCACUUCAGAAUUGAUGUGCUUCUCCUCCAAUAUGGUCCAACAUUCCACGCGCCUGGAACACUCGUUCCAAAACUGUUGGUGGAGAUCAAAGGUAGAGGGGGUUCACCGCGGGAGGUCGAAAGGCAGGCGUUGUUGAACGCCAAAGCAUCCAUCCGGCAGUAUAGCCUCGCUGGCCUAUUCGUUCAAACGGUUAUUGGAACUGAAUCGGGCCUAUACUUCCGGUUCUGGUGGACCGAUGCACAUUUUGAUGGUCUCGUUCCUCUUGACGGUGGCCCUCCAUCCGGGACCCGGCGUGGGCGCAGGGAAUACAUGGCCAUCGAGGCCGAUCAAGGAGCUCUCUUGGAAAUGUACUACGCUCAAGUUAGGCGGGGAAUUCCAGACCUCCCUCAGGAGCUAUCUGCUCAAGAGGACUUCUUCCAAGAGGACUUCACCCAAGAGCAGAUGGAUCCGUUCUCUCAGGGGCAGUCAUACCAGUUUGUUCCAGAGCCAAUUGGGUCAGUUUUGCAGGAGGAACCGCACCAGUUCUUCGAGGCAGAUGUCUCACACGAGGACAACGAUACCAUGACGGACGACAUACAAGGAGACCAAUACGAUGAAGCAGAUCUGUCUUCCGAAGACGAGAUGGAAGACUGGAUGGAAAUGGAGCCUGUCGCCCAAGACGGCACCACCGCGGGGACAUCCCAGAGCUCAAGGUCAACCAGCAGGCCGGUCAAGAUCAUUAUGGAGCCGCACCUGAUGCAAAGUACCAAGUACCUUUUCAGAAGGCGCGGUAAAACGCGUGUCACCAGGGAAAGGGACUGGGACAAGCAAGCUUAUGGUGGGACAGAGAUAUGGAUAUACAAAGCCGACAGGAGUUAUUGGGGAUACAAACCGAAGUGA